AUGUUUGCAAAGCCAAAGCAAAUUCAAGAGACGCAAGCAGAGAAGGAUUCGACCGAAAGCUCCAACAACAGCGUGUCCCCAAGUCAACUCAACGCCGACAACCUUGACUACGGUCGGGGUAACUUGCAAAUCCACGACCGCGACUGUGGCGUGGCCCGGCAUCCUGCUUUCUACAAGGCUCUUCGGGCCUUGGCGACGACGAGUACGCUGAAAGACAUGCAUGAAGUUAUCUACGAAGGAUGCAGCAGCAACGCGGCUGUUGCUCCCGAAGAGAAUCUUCUCAAGUUGAACGGCGACGAGGCUUGGAUGCAUCUUCUGGAGUCCCUCGUGUCACUCAAAGUCUUCUCGGCGUCGAACCGUUCCGGCACAAUAUUUUCGCGAGAGGCCGACUUCUCCGAAGGCAUUUCUCAAUACCUCAACAAGUUUUGUCAACGACAGAAUCUACCAUUCGUCUUUUCGCAUCAGUAUGCAUGCGGUUUCAAGGAGGGCAGCGCGGACGACUGUGUCGACAGCCAUUGCUGCGUUUUAUUCUUGCAACGAGGGACAACGCGAGGAUGUGCUUGUUGGCAUGAUCGAAGUGAACAAAGCGAGUUUGCACGAUGA